ACACCAGCUCCAGCCCCGAGUCGCGGGGAGCGGGGAGGGCCGCGGGGCGGGCACCCAGGCAGGGGACAGGCUGACACACACACACACACACACACAAAUAAAAAGCAGCCCCCUCCCGGAGAAGAAGCGGCGCCGAGGCGGCGGGGGGGCGCGGGGAGGUGCGGCUGGCACCGCCCGCCCGGUCCCGGGCCCGCCCGCCCACCCGGCCCCUCCUUCGGGGCGCUCGCUGCCGUGCUCGGGGCGCGGAAGAUGGAGGACUACGGGCGAUUCCUGGCGCUGCUGGGCUCGGCGCUGCUGGUCGGCUUCGUCUCGGUCGUCUUCUCCCUCGUCUGGGUCUUCCACUACCGCGAAGGGUUGAGCUGGGACGGCAGCCCGCGGGAGUUCAACUGGCACCCCGUCCUCAUCAUCACGGGAUUCGUCUUCAUCCAGGGCAUCGCUAUUAUUGUGUACAGGUUGCCCUGGACCUGGAAAUGCAGCAAACUCCUAAUGAAGUUCAUACAUGCUGGACUGAAUACCAUAGCUAUGAUUCUUGCAAUUGUUUCUAUGGUAGCCGUGUUUGAAUUCCACAAUGCCAGGAACAUUCCUAACAUGUACAGUCUGCACAGCUGGAUUGGGCUGACUGCUGUUAUAUUUUAUUCUCUCCAGCUCGUCUUGGGUUUCGCUGUCUUUCUGCUCCCUUUUGCUCCAGUUCCUCUCCGAGCAGCUCUCAUGCCAAUACAUGUUUAUUCAGGUCUUACCAUCUUUGCAACAGUGAUUGCAACAGCUCUCAUGGGAAUCACAGAAAAGCUUAUCUUUUCCUUGAAGAAUCCUGCAUAUAGUGCAUCCCCACCAGAGGCAACUUUUGUCAACUGUCUUGGUCUUUUGCUUGUCAUAUUUGGUGCCCUUAUUUUGUGGAUGGCAAGCAGGUCCCAUUGGAAGCGCCCCCCAGAAAAGAAUGCUAAAGUUCUGCAGCCCAUUGGAGGGACUCCUGAAGGCACAGAAGCAGAAUCCACAAUGACAGAUGGCAGUAAUGCAGACAAAUCUGACCUGAGGAUCAAUAGUGAAGCAGCCAGAAAGCAAAACCUCAAACUUGAUGAAGCAGGCCAGCGAUCAACUAUGUAAAGAAAAUACACAGAAUAACAGUACUAUUAUACUGCCAAAUCCCACUGAUUCCUUCCAAUUUAGUUAUAUUGAUAUAUAAAUAGGUUGGGGUUUUAUUUUCAGUAUGGCUUGCUCAAAGAUACUCAAGUUUUCUGUACAUGAAUUUAAAUUCCAGUAUUAUAUUAUAUUAUAUUGGUUCAUGCUCAGUCCUCAUUUAAAAAAUGACAGCAUGAAUGACAUCAGAUAAUGGGAAAAUCACAUAAUUGGAAAAUGUUUUCCAUAUCACAUCUUUAUUUAAUGCUUAUAUCUCUUAGAGUCAUGAAAAGUUAACAAGAUUGAGACUAAAUUUUGCUCUGAAUGAUUUUGCAGGUUAUGAAUCAAGAGUCAUGAAGUAUACCAGACAGCAGAGUUUGGUUGGUCACACGUAAUUUUUCUGGUAAUGUUCACUUUUUUUUGAAGCCCUGAUUUCUCAAGCUGAUUAACCCCCUCACCAGCUACUAAAUUCUAUGGGAUUUGAGGUAAUUCAGAACUUUGCAGAGUUGCACCAUUAAAAUGUUUAGUCUAAAAUUUUUAAAUCAAAAAAGGAAUGAAAGUUUGAAUGAAAAUUUCAUUAAAUGUUAUGUUUCCUUUAAAAGCUUUUAUGUUUUGGGGUUUUUUAGCCAAAACCUAUCUGUUGACUUUUAACCAACUCUACCAAAUAUAUCAUAUAUCAUAUAGAGAAAGCAUUUGGCUUUGGAUUAUGUACGAUCAUUACUGAAAUCUAAGGAUAUUGUAAGACAUCCAAAUGCAGAAGUUGUCUUAUUUGGAAAACUAGAGAUGCACACUUAGAAAAAUAUGUAUUGCUUAAACGAAGUCUUCCUUUUAUCCCAGAAGGUAGUAUUUUACUAUCUUUAUUUGAUUGCACAGUUCUAUUAUUUGUGGCACUAGACCAGAAAUUAGGAGGUUAGAAACAAGAGAAGACUGCUAGCAAUCUCACAGAAGAAAGUAGCUCGAAGUGAGAAAUGCUUCCUCCAAGAAACAGCUGAGCUUUUCUGAUUUGAUUAAAACACUACCUGUGAACUGAAACCAAAUUUUGGUAUCUCCACACUGGUGUCAAAAUCAUUAUCGUCACAGGCAUGAAAACAUACUUUAGUCUAUAAGCAAACUUUAUAAACACUAUGACUUUUUAAUUUGAAAUUAAAGUGCUAAAUAAUGCAGUUUGAGUCUCUACUGGCACUUUAAUUUUAUAGCUCUUCCUAGCAAUGGGACUAUUAAUGUAUUAUGCUCAUUCAUUAUUUUCACAGGUAUAAACAAUACUUAUUUCUUACUACUAUAGAAGAAUAAUUACAGUAGAUUAUUUUGAUUGCACAUGUCAAAAAUGAUGAGCCUUUCUAUUAUAAUCUCUUGUAAAACCUGCAAGUCCAAAUUUACCACUGUUCAUGUGGCAUUGUAGACAGUUUCAGACAGCAUAUAAUUUCCUAUUUUUUUAAAGACUACAUAAAUUUUUAUCUUCCUCAGCUUUUAAAAUGUUUAAACACAUUAAACUUUAGCAAAUAUACAGUUUUUGUAGUUCAGUGUUGCGUUAGUACAAACAAUUUUGGUCAUGAGUUAUUUUGGAUCUUCUCUGACAAGAAGCACCUCAGUUCUUGUUAUUUGAUUUGUAAUAACAUUUAAUUAUUCGGUGAAUGCAGUAUAGAAGGCCAGCACAGUAAAUUAUUCAAAAAACUUUUCUGCUGUACCUUUUGGUCUUCAAGGACUACAUCCCAGAGUUUUCACUUACAUAUGUUGGUGGAUGACUGGGACACACCUAGCACUGGUGUAUUGUUUCAUUUGGGAAAAUACCUGCUUUUAAAUGCCUUAGUGUAGAAUUCCGGUAUGACAGCAGGAAUACUAUCCUAUUGUGUGAGCACUCCUCCAGUCCCACUAUGUGCAAUGGAUCGGACAGCUUUUUCUCUGUUUUUCAAGUUCCACACAAUUACCUGUCUUCCCUAAAAUUGUUCUGUGCAGCUUCAGUAUAAAAUCCAAAUAGUACUGACAGCAGCUUUCUCACAGAAAAACAAGAGCACUUGUUUUACGUGACAUUGGUGCUCAGCUGACACGACAUGGUUAUGUUAUGCAUCCUAUUACAAAUUUAUAUAUUGAACAUUAAGUAGGAAGAGGGAUUUGCAGUAGCUUCUGGAGAACACUAAAACUGUCGUCUUUUCUUCUGAUCUCCUUGUGUUCUGCUGAACAUGGCUGCUUUUGGUGAAAUCAGUAAGCAUCUUACAGCUGGUGGAUGCAUAUUUAGUCUUUGUGAGAGCUGCUGUAUUGACACUUUUGAAGGAUAACAGGUGAAGUAAAGAAAUGAACUCAACUGCUCUAGCAAUUUACUAUGCUAGCUUUCUAACAGCAUUUUAAGUUGGUAUGUGUUGGCCUGUUAACUGUGUCUCACCCACCUGUGAAAAUGAGCUCAUUCAAUCCUUGCAGAGUACGAAGUCAUCUAAUAGACGACUGUGUUUGUGUGGAAGGUAUUAACUUGUCUAAGGAUUGUUCUAGAAGAAACUCUAACUGUAGAGUACAUUGUGAAAAAAACCCCCACAAAUCCUGUGACUUUGUUUGUUACGACAGACUUGGAUGUAUUGAAAUCAACAGCUUUUAGGUGAAUGGUUCUAUAUGCUGGUAAAGUUACGCUGUAGUAACCAGUAUGCCUUCUGUUUUUCAUUUUAUUCCAUGUACUGCUCAAGGGUAAUGAUACUUGAAAAAGAAUGGUGGCAUUUCUUUACUUCUCUAUUCUGAUUAUAUAAAACUAAUUGAAAAUCAAGGAUUAGCAACCUUUUGAGGGUAGUCUGCCAGACUAUAUUUUUAUUUUUCAACUUUGAGGUUAAACGUGAUAGUAGAAACUCAGUGGGAGCUGAAAGAUUCCAUUCUGGGAAAUAAUAAAUAAAUAAAAUAAAAUAAAAAAAAUUAAAAAAAUUCCAUUCUGGGAAUUAUCAGUGAUACCUCGUGUGUGUGAACUGUGGGCUUCUGGCUGUUUUGGCCUUUGGAAGGUCCCCGUGAGAUGCGGUAGCUGUGAGCUCCUAAAACUUGCUCAACCUUGGUGUGUGCAAUUCAAAACAGAAAACAUGCUAUAGACUUUCAGCUUCUGUUCUAAAGUGAUUAAAAAGAUCUUUAAGUAUCCUUGCAACAUAUGAGGUUAGUUCAAGUGCUAAAUAAAAAUACAUAGGACUUUGGAGAGUAACUUUCUCUGGAAAAAAAACAUAUUCCUAAAGCUGCUUCUCAGAGUGGCCUUCCAUUAACCUUCCUUUCAUGCAGCUCUUCUUACCUGUAUUUAUGUGUAAUAGCAGCAACAUGGGAAAUAAAAUGGUAUAUUUUCAACGAUAUAAGUGGAAGGUAGAACUCUAGCUUUUUUAUCAGGGUUUUUCUGCAUGUUGGAAAUCUUCUACAUUGUUGUCUUUACAGGGACAUGACUGUAGAGCUUACAUUCCAAGUUUGGAUUCCUAUUACAACGUAGGAAGUUACAAAACCUAACACUAAAAGUGCUAUUUUUUUAAGAUGCCUGAAAAAAAAUAAUAUUUUUUUAAUGUUUUUACACGCUGUCAUACCGUACUGUGCACAGAAGCAGAACAGUGUUUUUUCCAACAUUAAUGAAACUGAGAAAUGAUGGUGCAAAUUAAAUUUUAAAAUUGAAUGUACAGUAAUUACAUGUACACUUCUUACUACAUGUAAUCAAGAGGUUUGCAUAUGAAAUUGUAAAUAUGGAUUACUUGUUUACAUGGAUAUUUUAUUGAGAGAACUAAAAGAUAUUGCCAAAUAUUUUCUAUUUCAGAAGACUCUGUUUCUAUUUCCUCCGUUUCUAACUGUCCACAAGAACUUAAAGAAUUAUUUUAUUGUUUUGUUACUCGCGAUACUUAUCUGUAGAUGAAAGCAAAUGUUUAAUUACAAUGUCUAUUUUCCUUAUUCUUUUUUUGUAUCUUAAUAA